CCUAUACAGUUCAGACACGCGAGAGUAUGACCCCAACUGCUGCUUCAGAAGCUUAUUGGAAAGCUUUGGCUGUUUGCCAUGGACCUCUGGACCACUAUGACUUUCUGAUCAAAGCCCACGAACUAAAGGAUGAUGAACAUCAAAGAAGAGUCAUACAGUGUUUGCAGAAAUUACACGAGGACCUUAAAGGAUACAGUAUAGAGGCAGAAGGCCUUUUUUCAAAGCUUUUUUCAAGGAGCAAACCUCCAAGGGGCCUGUAUGUUUAUGGAGAUGUUGGUACAGGGAAAACAAUGGUGAUGGACAUGUUUUAUGCUUAUGUGGAAAUGAAGAGGAAAAAACGGGUUCAUUUUCAUGGUUUCAUGCUAGAUGUGCACAAAAGAAUAUAUCGCCUUAAACAGAGUUUGCCAAAAAGGAAACCAGGAUUCAUGGCUAAAUCAUAUGACCCGAUAGCUCCCAUAGCUGAAGAAAUCAGUGAAGAAGCAUGUCUCUUAUGUUUUGAUGAAUUUCAGGUCACUGACAUUGCUGACGCUAUGAUUCUGAAACAGCUUUUUGAAAAUCUGUUCAAAAAUGGGGUCGUCGUUGUGGCAACAUCCAAUAGGCCACCGGAAGAUCUCUAUAAAAAUGGACUCCAAAGAGCUAACUUUGUACCGUUCAUAGCUGUCCUGAAGAUUAAUGGCUAUUAUUAA